CACCUGCCCCCCCCACACACACACACACGCGCGCGCCGCUUUACAGGGCGAUCCCCACUCGCCACUUCGCAGUAGACGUGCUCACAGCUCCAGGGACACGGCAGUUCCGCGGCUGACUGAUCAGACCAGCAAAGCUCGGAUAAGAUCCCGGACGGGGUACGGGGGCUGCGCAGUAAGACUAUGUGACUUCACAGGGAACAUCGUGAAUACGACAAAGAUCUGACAGGGGUCACCUCAUCGGCAGCGGUCCCGAGACAGCCGACAGGGGCAAAUAUUUGAGUCAAUUACACCUCCCUUUCCGGGGCCACCAUCACAAAAGGAUGAUCAAGGGGGAGGUGGAGCUCUUGAAGGGAGAGGGAAAAAUAGCAGCCCCUUCCCAGUGAACUCUUGAGGCUAUUUCUGGUGCUUCGUGGGCAAACUGGCUACUCAUUUAGGGAAACUUGGAUGUUGGAAAAAGGAUUUACCAGUUGCCUACCCAUUCAUCCCCGGAUCUGUGUAAGUGCUGGAUAUAGAUAUCAAUUUGUACGGCUCCCAAUCUGACCGACAAAGACGCUAACUUUAGCGAAGCCGAGAGUGAGCUCUGCUAUUGCGGCUCCUGCAAUUGGUACCUUUCUCCGGGACAGACUUCCGACACCACGGGGUCCAGGGAUCUCUGUUUGCAGCCCCGUUUCUCUAACUGAGCUCCUGGAGUAAAGUUCAUGUCCAUCUCCAGAGCCACAUAUCGUUAGCCUGUUGCGCUCUGGCAGAGUGUGUGAGGGUGUGCCGGCCCACAUCAGAGUCACGCCCUCAGCGCCGCCAGGCAGCCGUUUGCUGCCCCAGUUGCUUUGAUGUCCUUAACCAGCAGGGCGGCGCACCAUGAAGCCUCUGACGCCAAUCGGCUCUCCGUCCCCCCUGAGGCUCCUGAACAAGGGUCCAGAAUACCUGCGUAGGCAGAUGGAUGGCGGGGGCAGGGGUCCUGCACUCAGUGCUGUGGAGCGACUGGAGGCUGAUAAGGCCAAAUAUGUGAAGAGCCAGCAGGUCAUCAACACCAAGCAGGAGCCAGUGCUGGUACCCUGUGCCACCCCUCCCCCCGUGCCUCGGCGUCCCCUUGCUGUGUCUGGCGCCCCCACACCUCGCCCCAGCUCCCGCCACACACCAGACUCCCCGUAUUUAGUCCUGGGCUCCCUCAUCAUUCGACAUGAGGAUGAGGAAGACGCCAAAAAGGAGAACCGCCGUAAUGCUGGUGUGGGGGAGCGAAAUUGGAGCAACACUGGGCGGGCAUCCCCGGGGCCCAUUGUCCUCAUCUCCCCCCUGGUGGCCCCUCACAGCGCCCCCCUGCUGCGGCGCAGCAACGGCAAGCGAAUGCUGCGGCCCGACUCGCUCGUCAUCUAUCGGCAGAAGAAGGAGUGCAAAAACACCAGUGGCAGUGGCAGUGGAGGCGAGGCUAAGACCUGUAGCUUUGUGCAGCGGCUCUUCCAGGGGUCCAUGCGGGAUCGGGGCAGGCCCCCGAAAAUGACCAUCAGCGAGGAGAGGGUGCCGGCGCAGGACGAAGAGUCCCGCAUGUCCUGGACGGACCAACGGGACACGUCACAGGAGACCAAGAGCUUCAUCAAGACGGACCAUGGGUCUAUGUCGACCCCCAACAGCCCUCGCUCACCUGAGAGGAUGAGGCUCAGCACGCCAGAGGACCCCAGCGACCCCUGGAGGCUGGCUGUGCCUCGCGAGACAGCCCGGCUGCGGCGGUCCAAAUCGGACCUCCGCCUACGCUGCUCACUGGCACUGUCUGACAAAGAGCGCUUCUUUGACUACUGUGGGCUGGACUUGGAAAUGGUGCAGAGGCUGGGCCCCGAAAACUUCCCGUCAGGCGGCAGCUCCGUGGACACGCUGUCCCUGGUGCUGCGCAGCGUCAGCGGCGGUGGCGGACCCGGCUCAGAGGCCAGCGAGUUCUCCCGGCACUCGGGGGAGGGGCUCGCCGAGGAGGAGCUGACGGAGCAGUUGCCGUCGGUCGUGUCCAUCGUCGAGAGGAACGCCCGCGUCAUCAAGUGGCUCUACGGGUGCAGGAACGCUGUCCAGCAGGGGCCCAAGGAGUCCACCGUGUAGCUAAAUGCCUCUGCGGAUUGGCAUCGCAUACUGUAAAUUCUGGGGUGUGCUGCUGUGCCCCCGGUUUGGAAUAUCGGGAAUCUCGGCAGUCCGGGAGCAUCCGGCUGGUGACGGUGUCCUAUCUCAUCUUUUGACAGAGGCCAGUAACGACAGGGCACAUGAAUUCCAGAGGGGAAUCCCCCGAUAGACUGUGUUGUUUACCGCCAGUUGGUGGCGCUAUUGUUUCGGGUGACGCAGGCAUCCCUCAGCACCAGACGGAUCUGCCCCGGCUUCCGCGGUGCUGGAUCUCUCUGUUCUUGUGUACCAUGGCCAGGGGACUCUACCUUUGGGCCAGUUAAAGUCCUGAGCUGUUUGGGGGGGGAGAGAAGGAGAGUGGGGGGGGGGGAUUGGCAAAUUGAAAACCAGGUUUAUCUCUGCGCUGUAAACAUUCACAGGGGACAGGGAGGCAUCUGAUUGCGAGGGGAGCUGAAAACCCCAUGGGUUAUUUUAACAGACCACUCCAUUGGCAUUUCUGAUGAGUCUGGUAAUGUCUGUGUGUGUGUGUGUGUGUGUGUGUGUGUGUGUGCGCGCGUCUGAGAUGCAUUGGCACCCCCAUCCCUCCUAGAUGCCCCCUGCCUCAUAAUCUGGGCUUCCUGGAAUAAGCUUCAGGUCCUACAUUGGAUAAGCUGUUAUGGAAGAUGGGUGGGGAUACCGUGAACAGAUGGAUGGAGGCUGGGUCUCCUUGUGAGGAGUCUGUGUCCUAUUCUUGAUGUAUUUCUCAUCAAUCUGAGCAAUACAAGUUUGUCUUAUAAAUACAGCACAUGAGUCUUUAGGUCCAUUAACAGGUGACUGGCAGUAUUGCACAGAAAUCAGAAUCACAUGAGCAUCUGGAAUGUGUCAUUAUUGCUGCUGUGGGUACAGCUGCCUGCUUUUCGCCUGCUGUGUUAGGUCACUCCCUCAAGGUCCCUUCUGGGCCUUCCCUUCGGCCAUCGUCCUGGGUGGGACCCGAGGCACGUAGUAGACACUGAGAAGGCUCACAACCUUCAUCAGACAUGCUUUUAGGAACCACUUCUUGUGCAGCAUGUUGCAGCUUCAUGAAAACCAAGUGAUAUUUCUGAGAAAUGUUGUUAUGCAUGUUUACACCCAUGGGUCUGUAUAUAUUUGGUUUAUUUCUGAGAGCUUUAUUCUCACAGGAAACCAAAUCACAAUAAAGCAGUUUUUUCUGACUGUGAA